UCUACGUGCUGGAAUCCCAGAGCUGAGGGAACAGGUGGAAGAAAGAAAGUCAGCAGGUUUAGGGGAUGAGAAUAAUCCACAAAGGACAAGGCAUUGGGAGCCUUGGGAGGAGCCUGAAUCACAGAUGGAAUUGGACGGUGCAUGGAGAUGGUUGAGCAGGAUGAGGUCCCUGGCUCUCCCUGUGGUGCCCCAAAUGUCAGUAUGGUGGCAUCCUGCAGGACAUGUUCCGGGAAGACGACAGAGACGAACUUUCCAAAUACCAUCGAGAAUUCCUACUCCCAGCAGGAAGAGACCAAGCAGAAUAUCAGAGUCAGCAAAAAUAGACUUCUUAUGAGCCAGGUGGCCUACUUCCUGAACUACCAGCUGAAGACAUACAAAGAUCGAAAAGAUCAUAAUGAAGAACAGAAAUGAAGAGACAACAAAAAUAAACUUCUUAUGAGUCAAGUGGCCUACUACCUGGGCUGCCGGCUGAAGACGGAAGAAAACAACAAAGAUGAAGAUGAAGAUGUUCAUGUUGUGAAGGCUGAGAAAAUACAGGAAUCACGUGCCCCCAGGAAUCUGCAGGAGUCUGUGGAGGAGGAAGCCCCCCAGGAGUCCUGGGAUGAAGGUUAUUCGACUCUCUCAAUUCCUCCUGGCACAUCUGCCUUCAAUGAGUCUUACAGGAGCAACUUGCACUCAGAGGAGCAGCAAGUCAACGUGGCUGUCGACAUAGGCAAGAUUAAAAAGGACCAAGAGGAAGAAGACCGAGGCUCACUGUGCCCCAGGCUCAGGAUGGAGCUGGUGGAAGCUGAAGAGCCUGAAGUCUUCUGGUACUCACUGGAUAUAUUGUGUUCAACAUAUACAGCAUAUCUUGAGUUUUAUUACACAUGCCAGGCUUACACAUAUGCCAUUUUUUUUAUUUGUAGGAGAGCAUGUUCGCUUGACUUUGGACAUGGAUAGUAGGUUUCUUACUAUGACAGUGAUAAGACUCCACCUGGUCUCCCGGAUAGGGGUCAUAUUCCCACACUAAGACAACAUGUCACAUGGGACUCUGCCAGUACAGAGUAUGAACAACACCAUGUUCUUGCUGAAAACGCUUAGCCUGACUUUCAUAGCCCAAGGUAAUCUCCAGACAACUUCAGAAUGUAGAACAGUGAGCAGCACUACUGACCUGUCUCCUUCAGACAGCCCAUGUCACCACAAAUCACACAACUAAAAGGAGAAGAGACAUUUUGGGUUGAAAAAGAGUAAAAAGAUAAUGUAGCCACAUUUCUUUAGUUCUUUUGAAUCCAAA